CGGAAUUCCACAAGCUGAAAUUCGGGCGUGUGAAUAGACCCUAAGUAGCCAAGAAUUUCCCAUGUCGACCAAUGUGGUUAUUCACUUGAUUUUUGAUGGUAACUAAUUUUGGUGCAAUCUAUUAUUCAAGUAUUAGUAAAAGAUUUGUUUGUUACUUAAGGGAUGGUAGGUUCCCCAAAUAUGAAAUGAGAACAGGAUUCCCCCUAUGUGUGUGCAUUACCAUGUACACUAUGAGCACUGAUAUAGUACUGUAUACUGAUGGAGACUGCUAAUUCCCCUGCACAGUCCAGCCUGUGUGUUUGUAUAAGUAGCCUGUUGUCUGGGGCAUCUUUCCAGCCCUAUUCCUGUGAGAGUGUGAGGCCAGAAGUGGGUGGAAGAUCUGCCGGGGUCCAUCUGCUGCCAGAUCCAGCUGCUCGCUUCUGCCCAUAGCAACCCCUCUGCCCCCAUCAUCUGCAACCUGUGCCCCCUCCCCUGUGUGUCUCCCACCCAUCUCCCUUCUCUAUGAUCAUACAUUGCAUAACUUGUGUUCUCCCUCCCACCUCUGCUGUCUCUCUACUCACUGUCUCAUUCCAUAGAACCUUGCAUUAGACGUUGCGUUAGGUGCCCCCAUUCCUCCUCUCUCAGUCCAGCAGAGGAACAAAUUAUACCCUUUACACCCCCCUACCUUGCCUCCUCCUCUUUGGUCAUCUAUCUGUCAUCCUCAGACGUGACCUUCACAUCUUCAAGAUGCAGCCAAGGAGCCAGGUCUUUUUGGCACCAGCUGUUCUGAUGUUGUUUCUUGGAAUAUUGAUUGUCAGCUCAGAGGGUUCCAAACCCAUAAAGCGAGCACCACCAAAGACCAAGGGUUGUGCCGAACGGCAAGAGGAGGUGCUAGAGCAGAUGUAUGGACACCUGGCGGCUGGCAUGCUUAGUGCCUAUCACCACACACUGCAGCUUCAGCCACUUGAAAAGGAGAACAUCAGCUGCCCAGCUGGGACCCGGGGCAGAGCUCCAGGGGAGAGUAAGCAGCGACUACCAGUCAAUAUCCACAGCAUAUCCCCGUGGGCAUACAGGAUAACCUAUAACCCCACACGGUAUCCCAAAUACAUCCCAGAAGCUUAUUGUCUCUGUAAGGGCUGCUUGACUGGACCCUAUGGAGAGGAGAACUUUAACUUCCGCUCUACCCCAGUCUACAUGCCUACCGUCAUCCUCCGCCGCACGUCUUCAUGCACUGGUGGCCGCUAUGUCUAUGUGGAGGACUAUAUCACUAUCCCAGUGGGCUGCACUUGUGUACCAGAAUCGGAGAAGGACCCAGAGGCGGACAGUGUCAAUUCUAGUCUUGAGAAAGAAAAGUUCAAAGUGUCUAUAAAUAAAAGUGAGAAGCCGUCGUCCAACUGAGCAGCGGAGUUCUGUGUGAAACCAUGUGUGGACAUUGUUGGUCUUGGACAACUCUUCAUGAUUUCUCUACAGGUAUAAUGGAGGUAGGAUGCCCUAGAGUGAAUAUAAGCUCUUGAGGAGGGCCCAGAAUUGUGCUGCACUGUAAAGCAGGGUUAUAGAGGACAUGUAUAGUAAUAAUAUGUAAAUCUAUCUGAACUGGAGUGAGGACCAUAACAUUAAGCGAUCAGUCAUGGAUGAAUGGAAAGUGUCUACAAUGGACUCUAAUGGCAGUCACACAUGUCUUCUGGUAUUCCAGUCAGUUUGUAAACAUUUCAGCACCCUUUAUGCACAGAUUUGACCUUAAAGGGGUACUCCGCUGCCCCAGCAUUUGGAACAUUUUGUUCCAAACGCUUGGAGCGGCCGGCGGGGGUCUUGAAGUAAAGACCGCACUUCCUCGUGAUGUCACGUCUCCUCAAUGCAAGUCUGUGUGAGGGGGCGUGGCAGCCACCACGCCCCCUCCCAUGGACUUGCAUUGAGGGGACGUGUCGUGACGUCACAACCCCGCUGCCCGCAACCAGAGUUCUAAGCAUUCGCCAGGUGCUGCACAAAGAUCGCGGGGGUCCCGACGCAAUCAGACAGAUGUCUAGGGGCGAAGUACCUUUAACCUACAUCCUAAAAGUAGAUAACGAGAACUAAAAAAAAAAUUAGAUCCUCUUUUUAUUAAUGAAAACAAUCCAAUAUCACUUCAACAUAAGUAUCUGCUAUGAACCCCUUGUGUAUCUAAAUGUUUCUGGUAAUUGUAGAUUAGUCCUGCACAUCGGCUUAAAGGAAUUUUACCCCAUUCUUCCAUAUAAAACAGCUUUAACCCUUAAGGACGCAGGACGUAAAUGUACGUCCUGGUGAGGUGGUACUUAACGCACCAGGAUGUACAUUUACGUCCUAAGCAUAACUGCGGGCAUCGGAGCGAUGCCCGUGUCAUGCGCGGCUGAUCCCGGCUGCUAAUCGCAGCCAGGGACCCGCCGGCAAUGGCCGACGCCCGCGAUCUCGCGGGCGUCCGCCAUUAACCCCUCAGGUGCCGGGAUCAAUACAGAUCCACGAUUUAAAUGAACGAUCGGAUCGCCCGCAGCGCUGCUACGGGGAUCCGAUCAUUCAUGACGCCGCACGGAGGUCCCCUCUCCUUCCUCCGUGCGGCUCCCGGCAUCUCCUGCUCUGGUCUGUGAUCGAGCUGACCAGAGCAGGAGAUGACCGAUAACACUGAUCUGUUCUAUGUCCUAUACAUAGAACAGAUCAGUAUUAGCAAUCAUGGUAUUGCUAUGAAUAGUCCCCUAUUCAAGUGUAAAAAAAAUUUAAAAAAAAUGUAAAAGUAAAAGUAAAAAAAAAGUGAAAAAUCCCCUCCCCCAAUAAAAAAGUAAAACGUCCGUUUUUUCCUAUUUUACCUCCAAAAAGCGUAAAAAACAUUUUUUAUAGACAUAUUUGGUAUCGCCGCGUGCGUAAAUGUCCGAACUAUUAAAAUAAAAUGUUAAUUAUCCGUACGGUGAACGGCGUGAACGAAAAAAAAUAAAAAAAGUCCAAAAUUCCUACUUUUUUAAUACAUUUUAUUUAAAAAAUGUUUUAAAAAAAUGUAUUAAAAGUUUUUUAUAUGCAAAUGUGGUAUCAAAAAAAAGUACAGAUCAUGGCGCAAAAAAUGAGCCCCCAUACCGCCACUUAUACGGAAAAAUAAAAAAGUUAGAGGUCAUCAAAAUAAAGGGAUUAUAAACGUACUAAUUUGGUUAAAAAGUUUGUGAUUUUUUUUAAGCGCAACAAUAAUAUAAAAGUAUAUAAUAAUGGGUAUCAUUUUAAUCGUAUUGACCCUCAGAAUAAAGAACACACGUCACUUUUACCAUAAAUUGUACGGCGUGAAAACAAAACCUUCCAAAAUUAGCAAAAUUGCGUUUUUCGUUUUAAUUUCCCCACAAAAAUAGUGUUUUUUGGUUGCGCCAUACAUUUUAUGAUAUAAUGAGUUAUGUCAUUACAAAGGACAACUGGUCGCGCAAAAAACAAGCCCUCAUACUAGUCUGUGGAUGAAAAUAUAAAAGAGUUAUGAUUUUUAGAAGGCGAGGAGGAAAAAAGGAAAACGUAAAAAUUAAAUUGUCUGAGUCCUUAAGGCCAAAAUGGGCUGAGUCCUUAAGGGGUUAACUCUGUUAUGUACUGACAUUUUCUUUAAAAGUUUGAUGGUAUAAUUCAGAAUUCAUCAUUCCAUAAAUGAUAGCAAGCUGUCCUGGUCUAGAUGCAGCAAAACAGGUCCAAACCAUGAUACUUCUACCACAGUUUUUUCCUGAUAGUGUGAGGUUUUAUUGGAAUGCAGCAUUUUCCUUUUUCCAAACAAAAUGCUUCUCAUUAUAACCAAAAAAGCUUUACUGUAGCCUCAUAUGUCCACAAAACAUUGUUCCAAUAGCCUUGUGGCUUGUGCAAGUGAUCUUUAGCAAACUGCAGAUAGGCAGCAAUGUUGUUUUUGGGGAGUAGCUUUCUCCCUGCAAUCCUGUCAUGCACACUAUUAUUUUUAUGUGUCCUCCUGAUGGUGGCAAUUAAUUGACUGAUACAGGCAAUUAAAAUCAUGGAACAAUUACGUCCCUUGGUCCUCAAAGGGUUAAGCUUAAAGUGUACCUGUUGUCAACAAAAACUUUUCAUAUAAUGUAGAUAAUAACAUUAUAUGUAUAUUUGCAAUUUACAUUGGUUAAAAAAUGUGUAUAUUUUUGGGUAAAAAAAAUGCUGUCCCUGCAGCUAUUGUAUGUGUGUCUCUGUGAGGAGUCCAAAUACAGGAAGUGAGAGCGGAACAAGCAGGGCUGGUGCAGGCUCCUGGCUUGUCAAUCAUUUUGCUGUAUGAGCCAGGAGCAUGUCAUGGAGUGUACAGAGCCCUGCUUGUACUCUGUGCACAGAGCCCUGCUUGUCCUCAGUGUACAGAGCCCUGCUUGUCCUCAGUGUACAGAGCCCUGCUUGUCCUCAGUGUACAGAGCCCUGCUUGUCCUCAGUGUACAGAACCCUGCUUGUCCUCAGUAUACAGAGCCCUGCAUGUCCUCAGUGUACAGAAUCCUGCUUGUCCUCAGUGCAGAAAGCCCUGCUUUUCCUCAGUGUACAGAAUCCUGCUUGUCCUCAGUGUACAGAGCCCUGCUUGUCCUCAGUGUACAGAGCCCUGUUUGUCCUCAGUGGACAGAGCCCUGCUUGUCCUCAGUGCACAGAACCCUGCUUGUCCUCAGUUCACAGAGCCCUGCUUGUACUCAGUGUACAGAGCAAUGCUUGUCCUCAGUGUACAGAGCCCUGCUUGUCCACCCUCACUUCCUGUAUUUGGACUCCUCAUAGAGACACACAGGCAAUAGCUGCAGGGAAAAAAAUAUACAUAUUUUUUACCAAUGUAUAUUACAAAUAUACAUAUAAUGACAUUAUCCAUAUCAUAUAAAAAGUUAUUGUUGAUGACAGGUACCCUUAAAGUGAAGAAGGGCUUUUAGUUACCUUGGGUUCCUUUGUAACCUUACUGAUUAUUAAACUCCUUGUUCUAGGUUUGCUCUUUGUUGGCUGAGCACUCCUGGGGAGGGUAAUAAAGCAACCGGCUCAGCUUUCAUAUCUUAAGUUCUGAUUGGUUCUGGCUGUGAUUGGUUGUUGUGGGCCAAACCAGAUAGUUUUGGUUUCAGACAGAUUGAUAAAUCGGGGCUAAUUAGUCUGACUGCGGGUUGAUGGAGUCAAAAUUAUUUAGAGAUGGGUUUAUAACCUUUUCCAGCCUGAUGAGCAUCACCAAGUCUUCUUCUAAGGUCCCCAAAAAUCUAUUUGGUUUGUGCCAUGAUACACUUCACAAACGUGUGUUUAGACUAUGUUAAGACUUGAUAGAUCCCCCCCCAUCACCCAUCUACACCUGAUUGCCACCCCAUAUCUGUUAAUCCUAAAGGUUCACAUACUUUUGCCAAAUAUGUGGUAUUGGAUCAUUUGUCUAACUAAAAAAAAAGUCUGAUAUUUUUGACUCAUUUGGUUCCCUUUAUCUACGUUUAGGACUUUUGUGAAAAUCUUAUAUUUUAGGUUGAAUUUAUGUAGAAAUAUGAAAAAGAAAAAAAAAGACUAAAGGUUUCACAAACUUUCAAGCUUUAAGUUUUCCAGUUGGUUGAAAGAAAGACUAUCCACAAUGAGUAUUAUGACCAUAUACACUCCAUCUACAUGAUACACCAACAGAUUUUGCAUUUAUAUAUGCUGGUGGGGGAGGUUUAACUGCAGAAUUUUCUUUAUGUUAUUAAUAACAUUAAAGGUAAGUCCACCUCUAUCAACCAGGUCUUAUUUUUCCAAUACAUCUAAAAUAAAAUAUGAAGUUUCCUAUACUAAAUAUUUACUAUCGUUUUGUGUUGACAUUUCCAAAGCAAACCUGUGUGUCUCCAUGGUUACAGACUACAAACCAUCCCAGUGUAGUCAGAAUGUGUAAUUAUACUCCUUUUUAUCUCUCCCCUUGUACUUCAUAAAAUGCAUUUAAAAGGUUAGCAAAAAUAACAGGGAUCUGUUGUAUCUUGUAAUGGAGGUACAUGGCCAGCAUAGGAGCUGCACACACAGGAUAGGUAGAUAUUUGGAUGACAGAUGUGUGACUAUUUCCUCAUAUUGUACAAUUCCAGUUUGGCCGCAGCAUAUCAGUUUUCAGAAAAAUUACUCCGAGGUGUCAUUGAAUGGCUGAUGGCUCCCUGUUCUAGAAUAUGUUGUAUGAACUUCAUACGCUUCAGGAGGUGUUAGCUACAUAUAAAAAGUUUCAAAAGUAAAUAAACAAAUCUUAAUAUGUGCAGCAUUUUUUAAUAUAUUUAUAUAUAUAUGGUGGUGGGCUGCAACAUUAAAACCACUGACAAGAGAAUUGCACAGCAUCGACCAUCUCAUUAUAAUGGUCAUAGUGUGGUAUAUAUCAGGCAGUAAGUGAACAGUCAGUUCUUGUUAGUGUCUGUGUUAGAAGCAUGAGAAAUGGACAAGUGUAAGGCUAAGUUCAGACUACGGAAUUUCCGACAGAAAUUCAGUCGUAAAAUUUUCAUCUGAAAUUUCGCUUGCUAAAAUGUAAAGUGUAGUGAAUGGUUUUCCGUUCACAAAUUCACACUUCGGAAUUUGUGAAGCGGAAAAUCCGCUUAGUAAAUCCGCUUAGAAAUUUCCGCCUGAAGAAAGGCGGUGUUCUUUCUUCAGGCGGAAUUCCUCGCGGAACAAAUUGCAGUCUAUGGGAGACUGCAGUGUCCGCACGGUCCUAGCGCCGACUUAUUCAGUCGGCGCAGGCGGAACUCAGAAUCUCUGGGCGGAAAAUUUCUGCACGGAGAUUCCGUAGUCUGAACCUAGCCUAAGGGGCAAAUUGUGUUGGCAACACAACUGGAUCAGAGCCUCUCCAAAACUGCAGGUCUUAUGAGGUGUUCCCAGGUAGUAAUGAGUGGCAUAGGCCAUAUUCAAAUUUGCGAUAUUUCGCGAAUAUAUGGAUGAAUAUUCGUUGCAUAUUCGUUAUAUUCGUUUUUUGCGCAUAUGCUAAAAUAUAUGCGCAUAUUUGCGAAUAUUGAGCCC